AUGGCCACGUAUCAGGUCGACUACCAGUGGGCUUAUUCCAUAAUGGAUUCAUCUAGGAUAUCCACUUUCCUAAUAUCAAUUUUACUGAUAGUUUAUGGUAGUUUUCGAUCUCUGAAUAUGGAGCAGGAAGCAAGAGAAAGAGAAAAGGAGAAGGAACGUAGUAACUUAUUGACUGGGAUUACGAGUAACGGUAGCACCGGUAAUGCGGAUGGUGCCAAUGGAGGAAGAGUUCAAACUCUAGAUACAAUGCAUGCUCUCUGUCUACCUCUCGGUGCUUCCAUUUCUCUACUCGUCAUGUUUUUCUUCUUCGACAGUAUGCAGAUGCUUCUUGCAAUUUGUACAGCCAUUAUAGCUACAGUUGCAUUGGCGUUUCUUUUACUGCCUAUGUGUCAGUACAUUAUCAGGCCAUGCUCCGAUGGCAAUAAAAUAUCCUUUGGUAUCUGCGGAAGGUUUACCGGUGCCGAACUACUCUCAUUUUCGCUUAGUGUGAGUAUAGUGUGCAUCUGGGUCUUGACUGGACAUUGGCUGCUGAUGGAUGCGAUGGGUAUGGGCCUGUGUGUGGCAUUUAUUGCAUUUGUUCGACUACCUAGUCUCAAGGUAUCCACAUUACUAUUAACCGGUCUGCUGAUUUACGAUGUCUUCUGGGUUUUCUUUUCAUCCUAUAUAUUCAGCACAAACGUAAUGGUUAAGGUAGCGACUAGGCCUGCAGAUAAUCCAGUGAGUGUCGUAGCUAGGAGAUUACAUUUAGGCGGCGUGGCCAGAGCCGCACCGAAAUUACCUUUACCUGGAAAAUUGGUAUUUCCAUCGAUGCAUCAAGCGGGACACUUCUCGAUGUUGGGCUUGGGCGACGUUGUUAUGCCUGGUCUACUACUCUGUUUUGUCUUGCGUUACGAUGCGUAUAAGAAGACUCAGCUGUUGCCCGGUGGCUGUGAAACAGGAGUACCGCCGCCACGUCAUCUCAGUCGAAUUAGCUAUUUUCAUUGCUCCUUGAUCGGUUAUUUUCUUGGUCUACUUACCGCCACUGUAAGCUCUGAGGUGUUCAAAGCUGCGCAGCCUGCCUUAUUGUACCUUGUGCCCUUCACUCUGUUGCCAUUGCUGACAAUGGCAUAUUUGAAGGGAGAUUUACGUCGGAUGUGGAGUGAACCAUUCAUAUCUCAACAACCUUCAAAACAUAUGGAAGUUUGACAAGAGUCAUGGCUUCCUGUAUAUUGUACUGUAUUGGAUGCAAAAGUCUUGCAUGAGAUUCAUCACCAUAUAACUUCGUACUCUUGUUUUCAUCAAGAUCAUUUUAUGUAAGUAAUUUUUUCUACAUAUACACAACAUGCGCAUAUGAUACAUUCACAUUCUUUUUCAAGUCAAUAUGACACACAGAGGACAAUUCAGAUCUAAAGAUCAAUGCAAUUUUUUGCGGUGUGAAUGAAAAUUAUACCGCAUGAAUAAUUUAGAUGUAAUAUAAUGUCACACGAGUGUAAUGUUAGCGCUGCAAAGAAAACUUUUUACCGGAAUGAUAUAGAAAGAAAGGUUGCGUUCAGCAGAAAAAGCAGCUUUACAACCGUUGUGAGAUUUCCCACUGAACACCAUCUGGCGACUUAUGUUUUUCCAAAGUUCUACCUAAGCAAUCAUCUAUUCUAGCAUAUUAAAAAUACGCUUGAUAAGCGCUGGUGAAAACGUAACCGCUUAUAAUCGUGAAAAAGAGCGUUCAGCAGAACCUUACAGCUGUUGAAAAUGCAGCACAAAAUGCUAAUGCUAGCGCUAACUUCUGCUGAACGCAGCCGUUGACUCUCUGAGAAUAUUUCCAGAAUGCCAAGUGACACAUUAUUAUUGGCAUUCUUUCUGUGUCUUAACUUGAUGUUGAGGAUAUGAAUAGAUAUUGUGCAGUAGAUAACGCAACUGAUAAUUAUCGUCUCAUCUCAAGCUACUAUAUAACAACUAAAAACUAUAUAUUAUGUGGUUAAUAUAACGAACGAACGACAGUCUUUCACUUCUACUGUAGAAUUAUUAUAAUGAAAAAAUGUAAAAUGUUUUUUCGAAGUAUUUACUUUCAACAAUCAGACAAAGUUAAAUGCUGCUGCUUUGAAAUUUAGUUACGAAUAGAGUGGAGGAACUCUUCGCAAAAUAUCAUUUUGUUUUGCUACUCAACCAGAAUCGAAUUACUUGUACGUAAUAUGUAUAGUUAUGAUUAGGAUAAUUUAUACAUAAACUAUCGGAACGCGUUUGGAUAAGAAUCCAAUACACAUAUGCGUGUUGGUUGUGACUUUAUUUUAAAGUUGGUUUAAUGCUGAGCAGAGUAAUAUAAUACUAUUAUAUAUAUGCAUACAUAUAUAUAAAUACAUAUUGAUUAUCAUUUUUAUAUGUUUAAAUGCACAAAUUUGCAAUUCGUGGUAAUCAAGUGGCACGCUUUCUGAUAUCGUGUUUUCUUUUAUUGCUUGCUUAUUGUUGAAACAAAUCUAUCUCGGGGAAUUUAUUUAAUGUUAUUUUCAAAAUAUAAAUAGAAUAUAGUGUGAUUAUAUAAUAUGAGAACUGCACUAUCAUUGGAUAUAAUUACAACGAGAUUUGUUUCUGAAUGUGAAAGUUUCUAAUCAAGCUCCUGCUAUGGAUAGGCUGUCAGAAAGACUAUAUGUUUAUUUAAGGACAAGACUGAAGAUAAUAUGUAUGAAAGCCAAUUUAUUAAGUAACUUCUGAAAGAAAUAAACGCGCGCGAGAUUUUCCAUUCUACCUUUCUCUUGGAUCCAAUUUAUGUAGUAUCUUAUAACUAAUAAUAUAUAAUAUA